AUGAGAUUCUCCCCCCUCCUCACGGCAGCAUCUCUCGCCGCCGCUGCACCCCAACACAACCACCCCCAAGAACCACAAUCCAUCAGCAAACGUGCCACCCUCCCCUACUACCUCGAAUUCCACUACACCAACAACUUCGUCACCGUCGGCGACACGGACCUCUUCGCCGCCAUCUGGCAAAAAGGCUACGGCUCCGGCGACGCCACGGGCAUCGCCACCGACGACACCUACAACCAAUACGGCUACAGCGCCGCCUGCGUCUGGGAAGACUCCUCCCCGGACCUCAGCGUGCAAGUCAAGAUCUCCGGCAACUGGGGCGUCGUCUCCGGCGUCGACGGCUUCGCCGUGCGGAACCAGCCCGUGAGGGCGAUGUGGGAACUCGUGCAGAAGAUCCAGGAGGACAGCGGCGUCAUCUGGAAGGACUGUCGGGGCUGCGGGUUAGGAGGCUGCUCCGACAACCCUCAAGCGGCCUGCGGCCAGUUCCGGCCCGAGAUGUGCGCGUGCCAGAAGAACAACGGCGGCGGCGGGGAGGCGAUGGAUCUGUGUUUCGGGAGCAGCAGGAAUUAUAAGGUGCCGUCGGAGAUGACGCUGACGCUGUAUAAUUCCGAUGGGAGUCUGCGCGCGGAUAGUCUGACGGUGAGUGUGGAGAGCGCGCAGAUUGUGCCGCCGGCGCAGAAGUGUGGGAAGUUGGGGGCGGCGCUGGAGGUGGCGAUUGGGAUUAUUCCGGAGUUUGGGAAGUUUAUUGCGGAUCAAGUUAAGAUUGCUUGUAGGACUUGA